UUUAAUAUCUCAUGUUUUAAACUCGAUCCUAAUUUAAAAUUCGUAUAACUAAAAGCUACAAAAAGCUCUAUACUUAGCAUAACCCGAUAUGUAGCUUGCAUAGUAUCUGACUUCUAUUGCUCUAAGCUUUAUUCGUCUUGAAUGAACACUGAAUAGUCACAUCACCGAAAUCGUCUGUAUAAAUUAGCAGUAACAUAGUUUAUAUUUUGAAUAGUAGAUUGGCGAUUACAGCGAUGAUAUGGCGGACAUCAAAGUCGCUUAUCAACCAUAAUAAUUAAAUCAAAACGAAUAAGUUAUGAUCGAAUCGCGGGCAUUUCGUUCGGCCAGCUGAGGCCGAGACUUAUCAGCGGUAAGGCGGAGAGGCCCAAGAGUCGUUUCAACUAUUCAACUCCAAUAUCAGUUUACCGCACAGCCGCUUUCACAAAACAAAACGCUCUUAACUAUUCGACGAUAGAGGCGGUGGCAGAGCGGACCGAUUACGGGAGCGGACUGCCAGUGGGGACUGGUACUGGUACUGGUAGUAUGUGCGUGGCAGCGGAAGAGAGCGGACCGCCUAAGUCAGAUACUUUUUUUGGGGUGUCGUGCAUCGUCGAAGUGCAUCUCCAUCUCCGGACAUGGCCAUGGACUUUGAGGAGAUACUGGGCAAGUGCGGGGAUGGCCAUCGCUACCAGUACAUGCUUUUGGCCCUCUACGGGCUGCUCAUGUUCAUCGUUUCCCGGCAGUACUUCGCCCAGAGCGUCAUCAGCUUUGUGCCCGAUCACUGGUGCUAUCACGAACAACUGGAGAAUCGAAGUUAUGACGAUAUAGCUGCAAUAUACGCCCCAUUCCAGAGACCUUCGUGCACGCGACUCGCUUGGAUCAGCGAAGAUGGGAGUAAUGCCACUGCCAGUGAUGAGCCCUGUAAUCGAUGGAUCUACAAAUAUGAUUAUGGUUUCCGAAGCAUGAAUGCCGAUCUGAAUUGGGUUUGCGAUGAGGCAUACAAGGCGCGAGUGGGUCAGUCCCUGUUCUUUGUGGGCUCCAUGUGUGGCACCCUACUGUUUGGACUACUUGGCGACAGGAUUGGAAGGAUCAGGGCUGUGGUCCUGGCCAACUGGUGCGGCUUCCUGGGCGAUUCGGCCACCAUUUUCACCCAGAGCCUGGUCACGUUCUCAGCCAGCCGUUUUGUAUCUGGCCUGGCUGCUGAGGCCAACGCCUACCUAAUGUAUAUUCUGGUGCUGGAGUACGUCUCGCCGAAGAUGAGAAGUGUGGGCCUCAACCUGACGAUGUGUGUGUGGUACUGUCUGGGCAUGAUUAGUGCGUCUUGGCAGGCCGUCUGGCUGGGCGAAUGGCGCUCCUUUAUGGCCUGGUCAGCCAUGCCCCAGCUGCUGGUCACCGGCUUCUAUUUUGUGGUCCAGGAGAGCGCCCAGUGGCUGGUCACGUGCCACGACAUAGAGGGCGCCGAGUUGCGCCUGCGCCGGGUGGCCAAGUUCAAUCGGCGCGAGGUCAGCGAGGCGGACUUCGAGCUGUUCCGGCAGCACUGCAAGUCCAAGGAGUCGGAGGCCACCAGCCAGCUGUCCAUGCAGAAGCAGGCACGUCUCAUCGACGCCCUCAAGCUGCCACGCCUGCGCCUCAGACUGAUCUACGUGCUGGUUGUCUUCUCGAUAAUAACGCUCUGCUACAAUACGAUGUCUCGCAAUGUGGAAGGCCUAACCAUAUCGCCAUUUGUGAUGUUCACUCUUUUCGCCCUGACUUUGCCACCUUCGGGCAUCUUCCAGACCCAAGUCCAGAAGAAUUUCGGACGCAAGUUUACCUCGGUGACCAGUAUGACAGCCACUGGAGUGUUGACAGCGGCCAUAGGGAUUUUGCUAACCUUCUGGACACAACCGAGUGAGACGGUGAUGGUGUGCCUCCUGCUGGUGUCCCGAUUCGGGAUCUCGGUAAUCACGGGGUCCACCAUGCAGAUCUCCGCCGAGCUUAUGCCCACCUGCGUGCGGUCCAGUGGACUGGCGGUCCACGUCACGGGAGCAGCUUUCUCCUUCCUCUCGCCCUACAUACUCCACCUGGAUACCUAUUUCCGGGCAGCAUCUUCCAUUAUUCUCUGCAUGCUCCUCCUGCUGUGUGCCUGGAUCUGCCUGCUCCUGCCGGAGACGAGAAACAAAAAGCUGCCCAUGUCCCUGGCGGAGGGCGAGGAGUUCGGCAAGGGCGAGCGCAUGUUCGACUUUCUGAGGAGCCUAGAAAAGGAAGAUCAUCAGGAUCUCAGCGCUGGCACCAAUGAGAAACUUAUGGCGGAAUAAGUGUACUUACUAAGUAGGUGUAACUUUGGAUCUUAUCAGAUCUGCUACGUUUUGAAGUACAGCUUCUAACUAUGUUUUUGGAAAAUGCAUUUACUUACAUUGUUAAAAUCUUUUUUAAGUUAAGUUUUGAGUGGAACAUG